UAUUCUGAGAAAAUUAUGAGUUUUUGCAAGUGGGUUUUAUUUAAUUUUCUUUGUUUUUAACUGUUUUGUUCCAUACCUAAAUAGUGCUCUGCUUGUUGUAGAAAACAGAGGAAUUUUUUUCCAGAAUGUCCUUGGCUUUGAAAAUUGGUAGCUUUUAUUCAUCUUUUCUAUUUGUUUUCUGUAAAGAACUUUGUUUUGAUAUUUUGGUGAAAACCAUAUUCGCCAUAUAGUUUUGGUGCCUGAGAUGAAAGCUUCAGUUGGAGAGGUGUAUUUUUGUGCAAUUAAAGAUGGGAAGGGUCAAGCUAAAGAUAAAAAGGUUAGAGAGCACCAGCAAUCGACAAGUGACCUAUUCUAAACGAAGGAAUGGGAUCUUGAAGAAAGCCAAGGAAUUGUCCAUAUUAUGUGACAUAGAUGUUGUCCUUCUCAUGUUCUGUCCAACUGGAAAGCCUACAUUAUUCCAAGGAGAACAAAGCAAUAUAGAAGAAGUAAUUGCAAAAUUUGCUCAAUUAACUCCACAGGAAAGGGCAAAAAGGAAAUUGGAGAGCCUUGAAGCAUUGAGAAAAACCUUCAAGAAGUUUGACCACGACGUUAAUAUGAAAGAGUUCUUGGGUGCGAGCAUUCAGACAGCUGAGGAGUUGACUGAUCAAGUUAGGCUGGUGCAAGAACAAAUUUCAGAAGCACAGAAGAGACUGAGCUAUUGGAGUAACCCUGACAUGGUUGAUAGCAUACAACAUCUUGGGCAAAUGGAAGACUCUCUGAAAGAAUCAAUUAACCGAAUCCGCCUGCACAAGUUUCAGAAUGGAUUGGCCUUACCUUUGAUGAUGAAUGGCAUGCAAGAUGUCCAACCACUAUCAUGGAUUCCGAACAAUGGAAAUCAAACUAUGAUGUUAUCCAAUGAGCAAAAUUUUUUGCAGAAAAGAGAGGUGGAAAGCUCAGAUGCAUCUCUUCCAGGCUAUUCUGGUUACUAUAAUACUGGCAAACAAACGGAAAUUGGAAAUUCAGGAUCAGUUGAGAAUAUGGGACAGGAAGGUGGUGCAUUGAGCAAUUUAAGCAGCAAUACAUCCUUAAGUGUGCAACUUGAUGAGCAAUUCUCAUAUCCUCCAUAUAGUAGUUUAAAUUUGGCAUGUGUUGAGAAAGUGAAGCCUGAAGAGCAGAUGAACCCCCAAGGAAACCAUGUUGUUUAUCAAGUUAAUAGUAAUUUUGAACUGCCUAGACCUGUAUUUGAUAAUGGGCAUCAUAGUUGGGUUUCUGCAUCUGUGCCAUGCUGCGUUGCAAUGUUUAAUGAAAAUCCAUACAACCAGGAAAGCUAGUAUGCAUUGGAAUUUUUGACUCUUCACUUCAUUUCAUGCAGCAAUCAAAUUGACUCGUGUGUGAAAUUAACUUUUAUUUUCCUCUGGUGGGACGAGCGGCUGCUGGAAGAAUCAGUAGUGUAAUUUUAUGAUAUGUUUUGUACCAACCAGGAAGGUUUUAGGACAGGAUUUUGAUGUAUGCGAAACGGAUAAACAGAAAGGUUGAGAUUCAUCUGGAUGUUUUCAGCCAUCCAAUGUGUUAGCUUGUUAGCUGUAUAUAUGAUAUGUACAUGUUUCAUAAUUACCAGAUUAUAUAUUUAUUUCUAUGUUCUGUAAUCAUAUUUGUAGCUGGAAAGAAUUUAUGGCUUUAGUCA